UUUCAAAGUAAAGCAUUGACAUUUUCUAUUGACAUAUUUUUUAUUUACUUUGCUGACAUCAAAAGUUCAUUAGAGUUAUUAAUUAUUAAGUGCCGCAAAUCUGUUUAACACACACAUAGUUUACAAAUAUUGACAGUGUUUUAUCCGCCACAUCAGCAUCAACAAAACUAAUCAUUAGAGUAUCAAAGUUCGUUGCCACAUAAGCUGGAAUAAUCAACACUGUCCUCUUAAUUUAGUUUGUUUAAAUAGCAUAAAUGAUGGAUAUCUCUUUUGGGAUAGCGUAACAUGGAUAUUUCCGAGGUAAAUACGUAGGAGAAGCAAAGCAGAGGGCCCAAAUGAGUUUCCUAGGACGUACUGAUAGCACACAUUCAUACCCGAGUCACAGCACGGCCACGCCAAUCCAUAACAACUCUUACGAGUUUCGUCAACUCGAAAACACCCCGCGCUCAACACAACACUCAAACGCAGCUCAUUCUCGAUCCGUUAUGUACACACGCGAUUGGCGUUCAGCGCUACGUACGCCACCCACUUACAGAAUUGGUAAUCGUACCCUACGUUUUAACUAUCACUUUGCUCUACUUGUCAUAUGUGCAAUUGUACUUUGUUUCCUAUUCGUUUACGUACGCGCGGGCUCGCAGUCCUCUUCAGAUGCAGCCUGGGUAAGAAGCUAUAGUAGCUCUACACAACACAGUAGCUCCGCUACUAACCUGCCCUAUAAUGGGGAUGCCUCAAUCUACAAUGCUAAGUAUCCACUCACAGCUCCAAUUAUAGGGCAUGCCAACGAGAUUACAUAUCGAAUUGCCAUAGUAGCCGAUCUGGACACGAACUCGAAAGUGGUAAAAAAGGAUGGCAGUACUGUUUGGCAGAGCCAUUUAAAAAAAGGAUAUUUGACAUAUCGUAGAUCAAAACCGGAAAUUAGUAUAAAAUGGGACAGUGGUGAACCGGUGGUACUGGAAUCGGGAUUUUCUUUAAAAGGACGGGGCAUGGAAUUAUCAGAACUCGUAACGUUCAAUGGCAAAUUAUUAAGUUUUGAUGAUAGAACUGGUUUAAUAUAUGAUAUCACAAAUGAUAAACCAAUACCAUGGAUUAUAUUACUUGAUGGUAAUGACCACAGCGCCAAAGGAUUCAAAGCGGAGUGGGCAACAGUAAAAGAUCAACAAUUAUACGUUGGUUCGAUGGGCAAAGAAUGGACAACGAGUGCUGGUGAAUUCGAAAACGAAAAUCCAAUGUACGUUAAGGUUAUAUCUCCCAACGGUGAAAAGCGUUCAUUAAACUGGUCAUAUAAUUUCAAAUAUUUACGACAAGAAGCAAUGCAGAUAACUUGGCCGGGUUAUAUGAUACACGAGACAGGUGUAUGGUCAUCAUCUCAAAACAGAUGGUACUUCCUUCCAAGACGGUGUUCAAGAGAAAAAUACAAUGAGACACGUGAUGAGCAUAUGGGCUGUAACUUGCUCAUAUCGGCAGAUGAGCGUUUUACAAAUGUCAAUACUGUUACGCUAGAUCCCUUAAACUCGAAACCUACACACGGAUUCUCUAGUUUCAAAUUCAUACCACAUACCGAUGAUAAGAUAAUAAUCGCUAUUAAAACCGAAGAAUUGGACGGCAAGACGUCCACAUUCAUAACGGCGUUUGAUAUUGAAGGUCACACCAUAUUGGCAGAGCAGCGCAUCGAAACUGAUUUGAAAUACGAGGGUAUCGAAUUUAUCUAGUAGAAAUGCUACUAUUCAGAAACUUUCAUCGAACGUGGCAUGGAAGUACAAGCCCAAAAAAUAAAAAAAUAAAAAAUAUGAUUUGUACAUAUAAGAGGCAGUGCUGAGUUUGACUUUAUACAUACCUAACAUAAAGCUAUUCAAAGUAUUUAAAUGUCAUUGAUUAUAUACUCUUAAUAAUUUUUAAUUGAUUCACGCUAUGAAAGCAUAUAUACAUGUACUUGCUUUUAUAAUUACUUCACACAAUUUAAAUUGUUUCCAAGUCGCCGCUCAUAUCGCCAGUAUGUUUUGUAAAGUCCUCUUCACUAAUACGAGUACAUAUAAGUAGAAAUUGUGAUUUAUACAUUAUCCUAUUAAUAUAACUGCUAAGUGCUUCGCUAUACA